AUGAGAUUAGUGUUCUGGAUUAUAGUGUUUUUAGGUCUAGUCUAGGCUAUUCCAAAGAAGCAAAUAUCAAUACAUAGUAAAUACAAUACGCCGAUAAAUGCUCAAGAUGUUAAAUUAAGUGAAGUAGAUUUAGCCCUUUAUCAAAAUGAUAUGUAAUAAAUUGGCCAAAAGAAUCACUUGAAAUCUGAAAUUACAAAUUGGAUGCAGGCAAAGACAAGUCUAUUAGAAUAGUUGUCGACUUUUUACAAUUGCUUUGAAAUAUUUUUGUCUAAGUAACAAUAAAUAGGAAUUUUGUUGGUUUGCAUAAUAUGCUUUGCAUUUUAUUUGAUGGUGAAAUCUGAAGAUAGAAAUAUGAAAUAGAAGAAGUAGAAUACCAAAAAGAAAUAGAAAAAUUGUUAGCAAGAUGUCAUAGUGCAAAUAUUGACUGAUUCUCUUAUUGCGAAAGAACAGUCCCCACUUCCAUAGGUUUCAACCAUCAAUGGAUCGCUUCACUUAGAAGAAAGAGUUAAUAAAUCAGCUGAUUAAAUGAAAAACAAUGGGCAAUUUAGUUUGUUUAAACGAUCCAAUUCGUAGCCGAUCAUUUAACCCAAUUUGCCUGAUUAUUCUGCUGAAGAGAUCAAUAGUUUAUUGAAGGACAUUAGCUGA